CAGUUGCGCGAACACGUCGCUUUCACAGGAUUUGCGGAGUUCACAUUAAGGAACAAUCUAUACUGAAUAUUGCUACUUUGGGUUCUGGAGCAAAAUGAGACGAAAUCACAAUUACAGCUGUUCAUCUGAUAGCGAACUUGAUGACAAUAUAGAAGUGGAGAAGGACAGUGGUGACGAAAAUGUAAACCUUGACUCUUCGCAUGACUUGAUGUCACCCCCGAAAACCACUCCAACUCAAGCCAGAAAACGACGCAGAGGAAUUAUUGAGAAACGGCGACGUGACCGAAUCAACAACAGCCUGACAGAUCUCAGAAGACUUGUGCCAAGUGCGUUUGAGAAGCAGGGAUCGUCAAAAUUGGAAAAAGCUGAAAUUUUGCAGAUUACUGUAGAUCAUUUGAAGAUGAUACAUGCUGCCAGCGGACAAGGGUAUUUUGAAGCCCACGCCCUGGCCAAGGACUACCGCAGCCUGGGCUUCAGGGAGUGUCUGUCAGAGACGGCCCGCUACCUAAGCAUCAUGGAGGGCUGGAACAGUGUUGACCCACUCCGCGUACGCCUGGUCUCUCACCUCAACAACUACGCCUCUCAGAGAGACAUCCACACUGGAUUGACUGGACACACUGGACAACCAGCCUGGGGCUCUGCUUUGAGGACACCCUCCGCCCACCUGCCACACCCCCUCUUACCACUCCCCCAGGGACGGACACUAGCCCCCCACAGUACCAGCAGCCAACCCUCCUCCUGCUCCAUCUCCUCCUCCUCCAUGUCAUCCCCCUGUUCAACUGAUACCUCAGUGACCUCCAGACUCAGUGUGAUGGCCCCCUCAGAGGCACUUAGGGUGCCCCCCAAUGACAAUCUACCCCUGGGGCUGGCCCUGUCAGUCUCAGCCUCCAAGCUCUCCCAACCACCACCCCUCUCCUCCCUGUCUGCCUUCUCCUUCACUACUUUUCCCCUAGUGUCUCCGGCAGCCCUCAAUUCAUCAGGCUCCUCCACAGCCCUGAGAAAACAGCCUUACAGGCCCUGGGGGACCGAGAUCGGGGCCUUCUGAACUCUGGUGAUCAUCAGGACCGGAAGGCCACAACUUAGAUCCCCGCCCACCUGCCUCCCUCUAACCUGCCUCCCUCUAACCUGCCUCCCUCCAACCUGCCUCCCUCCCACCUGCCUCCCGCCCACCUGCCUCCCUCUAACCUGCCUCCCUCUAACCUGCCUCCCUCCAACCUGCCUCCCUCCAACCUGCCUCCCGCCAACAUGCCUCCCUCCAACAUGCCUCCCUCCAACCUGCCUCCUUCCAACCUGCCUCCUUCCAACCUGCCUCCCUCCAACCUGCCUCCCGCCCUCCAACCUGCCUCCCGCAAACACUCCACAAACCCAGCAGGAGUACCUGGCUGUCAUCUGUUUUUCCCCUCUGGCAAUGAGGGGGAUUGGGUAGGCUAAUGCAACCUCCCUUGGUCAGUACUGCUGUAUAAAGGAACAUAGAUAACAUAGUGUUCUAUCCUAUAUGUUUUUAUCAUGAAUAAUUUAUGUUAAAUGUUGUUGUGAGCCCAGGUAUGGCCUCCAAGGUAGGAAAGGACUGACUAUUGUUUCAUGACCACAACUAAUUUCAUUUGGUUUAUUAUCAGCGUGCACUAAGAGAAGGAUUUUGGGGUAUUUGUAGGUCAAAUAUAAUAUUGUAAAAACUCCUGCAGCUUUGAAAGAGAACAAAGACAUCUGCAAUGUAUCAUAAAUGGAGUUACACAUGAACUGGAUCUGCUAAUACUUUAGUUAUGUCUAUAUGGGAUUGUCCAACAUGCUUUAUAUAGAAAGCAACUUUGAAAAAACGUAGCUUUGUAAUGUUUUUGUACCAAUAAACUGAGUUUGUAAGAAGA